UUUCUAAUCCCUACUUUAAAACAAGUCAUUUUUCACAAAUGAAUCUUCCACAAAACAGUUAAGAUGAGAGUGACAUAUUUGAUCUUGUAAACACUAACACACUGUCUAUCACAAUGAACGCUCACACGUCCCGUGAUUUCCCAGAAGUGUCACCUGCAGAUCAGCAUACAGCUGAGAAAGACUCAGUCAGUCGGACGUUGAUGACAGGUGGAAGAUGGAAAGGCUUGUGUAGAAGAGACCAAUGAAAGGGUGAGAAGGUGUACCUUUGAGUGAUGAAUGAGGUGGAACAGAUAUUCUGAAGCCUUGGCAGACGGAAACCAGUUGCAGCAUCAAAGUCUUUCGGUGUCACCAAGAUGGCAGCUGUCCCUAAAGUAUCCAAUGAGGAAGGGCUGAUUGAUGAUGAAGAAGGGUCUAUUAAGACCCAAGUCUAUGUUAGAUCUGAUCUUGCUGAUGAUUCAGAUGCUGUGUUUCCAAGUAAUUUGCCAAUGGACCAUUCAAUGAGGAUCAGUAAUGAGAGGACAGAGAUGAAUAGGAAAGGUAGAACACCUGUCCCAAAACCAAGAACAAGUGUGAAGCAAGAUCAGCCAAAGGAAGAUCAACCAGACGCUGCCAAAGAAAUGAAUGACACUCCUGCUGAGGAUGAUCAAUCUCCACAUGGUCUCGGCGCUACCAACAACCAGCAGGCCCCCACAAAAACGGUCUAUGAAAGAUCAAAAGGUGGUAUUUAUUCAGGAAAAGGUGACAAGGAAAGACAAAAGUUGCCAAGAGAGGGUGGUUGCAACAGACAAGAUGCAAAAGGGAGAACCACAACAAAGACCAGACACGUGUCAGAAGGAACAUCCACCAUAGAUGUUCUGCAGGGAAAGGAGAACAAAACAGAUGCUAAUCAGAAAAGAGAGGAGCAAGGAGAGGUACAAAAGGGUCCUCAAAGAGAUAGUGUCACCAGGACCACAACAAAGACCAGACGCGUGUCAGAAGGAACAUCCACCAAGGAUGUCCUGGAGGGAAAGGAGAACAAAACAGAUGCUAAUCAGAAAAGAGAGCAACAAGGAGAGGUACAGAAAGGUACAAAAAUGAGAGCCCAGAAAAAGAACAAACCCAGGGAUGAGUUUGAUGAGUUCCUGAGAAAUAAAGUUGGAAAGCAGAUUUCUGUUAUUCUGUAUGUUAGAAUCCAGCAACAUCUCGACGAUAAAUAUGAUGUUAAAGGUUUUCUUCGGGCACGGAUGCAGACUGAACAAGAGGUCAAAGUUGUGAAAAUGGAGCAUGUUGGAAAAAGCACUGUAGUUUCGGUUGAAGCACCAAGUAAAUCUGUGGCAAACAAAGUCGGAAAUAUACUGAAAUUAAGUAACAGAGGAUCUAAGAUGAAGUUAGUUUGCACAUUGGAUAGGAAUGAGGCACUGGAUCUUCCUACUGAGAGGGAUGAAAAAGAAUUUGAGCAGCAUCUCACAAUCAUUAAAAGAAGGGAAAAGAAAGCUUUAAGUGAUCACAUGGAUAAAAUCAAUGUUAUUUCUAAGGAUAUUGAGAGACUGUCCACAAACAAACAUGUAACUAUUGAUGAGUAUCAGGCAAUGCAGCAUGAGAAGACUGCUCUCAAGGAUAAGUUGGAAGAGCUGAAACUGCAGAAGGAGCAGUUUAAAACGUUUAUGCAGGGCUUGGUGUCAAAACUUGUUUCACUGUGGAAGGAUAAUACCUAUGCUAAACACAUUGGCGAUCUAAGGAGAGACUUUGGUAUCGAGCUUUGUAGACUUACAUCCGCACUGCCUAUGUAUGCCAGAAGAAACGAUAUAAUCAAAAUGGUACAGGACAACCAGGUUUGUGUCAUAUUAGGCGAGACUGGGUCAGGGAAGAGCACACAGAUGACACAGUACCUCCAUCAGGCUGGCUUCAGCAAAGAUGGUUUUAUCGUGUGUACACAGCCCAGGAAAGUUGCAGCCAUAAGUCUGGCAACCCAUGUUGCAUCUGAGCUAGUAACAAAUGUGGGCAAUGUUGUAGGUUACAAAGUAGGAAUGCGUUCUAAAUGUGGAGGAGCUACCAAGAUCCUGUACAUGACUGAUCACUGCCUUCUGAAUGAAUGUCUGAAAGAUCCAACUCUGUCUGCCUACAGCUGUGUUAUAGUAGACGAGGCACAUGAGAGAAGCAUCUACACUGACCUGCUCCUUGGAAUGCUGAAGAGGUGCUUGAAACAGCGCCGUGAUCUCAGGGCAAUCAUUACUUCAGCGACUAUUGACCCUGACGUCUUUGUCAGAUAUUUUGGUGACUGCCCAGUCUUGAGAGUAUCUGGCAGAAUGUUUCCCGUUGAAGUUGAGUACCUAGCUGAAAGUGACGGGGGCAAGUCUUCUGAUAACUAUCAAAAAGAAGCUGUCAACAAGGCUGUACAUGUCCACACAAAGGAUCCUCCAGGCGACAUUCUGGUUUUUGUUACAUCUCCUUUAGAAACCGAGAAGUGCAGUGAAAAUUUUAACAGCAGACUGCAGGGAAGGACUGACUUCAAAUGUUUGGUUCUUCAUGGUCAGAUUCGACCAGAUGAGCAGCAGUUAGUAUUUCAGGCCACCCUUCCAGGAAUCAGAAAGAUUGUCUUUGCCACAAACAGUGCAGAGACUUCAAUCACCAUUCCAGGAAUCAAGUAUGUAAUCGAUACUGGCCUUGCAAAGGAGAAACGUUAUGAUCCUCGUCGGAACAUGAGCACAUUGAGUGUAGUCCUCAUUAGUCGCAGCUCAGCAGAUCAGAGGAAAGGUCGGGCAGGAAGAACAGGUCCCGGGAAAUGUUACAGACUCUACAGUGAAGAGACGUAUCGGGAAAUGGAAGCAGUAUCACUGCCAGAGAUACUCAAAGUUCACCUAGGGCAGGCUAUGCUGAAACUGACAGAGCUUGGAAUUAAUCCUCUGGAGUAUGAAUUUGUUCAGUCACCAGGACAAUCAGCAAUAGCUACAGCUAUGACUACACUUGAGGAACUUGGUGCAGUCAAAGACAAUAAGAUCACAGAAGAAGGGAAAGAACUAGCAAAACUUCCUGUAGAACCUCGACUAGGACUUAUUAUCCAGAAAGGAAGAUUUGAAGAUGUUCUCUUUGAUGCUGUUGUUCUUGCAGCUGUGAGUAAUGUAGGAAGCUCGAUUUUCUUCAGAGGGGGCGCUGACAAUGAUAAGAAGAAAGCUGACAAGCUGAAGAUACAGUUCUGCCACAAUGGUGGUGAUAGUCUCACUCUGCUGAAUGUCUACAGAGAAUGGAACAAAGAGCCAGAAAAGCAGAAAAACAAAUGGUGCUUUGCAAACAGCCUUAACUCCAAAUCAUUGCGAAUCGCCAGAGAGACAGUAAAUGAGGUGAUGACUCUUUUGAAGAAGGAGGCAAAAGGGAAGGUUACACAUGAGUUCAAAGACCCACAAGAAGCGGAUGGGAAACUUCAGAGAAUACUCUUUGACAGCUUCACAUCCAACAUCUGUCAUUCUCUUGGACUUGCAAAGGCAGGAUAUUAUGCCCCUAGACUUGAUCAACAGGUUCAUGCUCACCCCUCAUCAGUCCUGUAUCCACUCAACUUGGUUCCUGAGUGGCUUGUCUUCGAGCAGUCCAUGAAGACAUCCAAAGACUUCAUUACAGGACUCACACCAGUUGAUGAAGCCUGGGUUGUUGAAGCCAUUGAAUCUGGACGACUAAAGAGAGAUCUUGAAGAGAUGAGAAAGAAACAACUCCUCCCUGUGCAUGUUGAGCAUGUCGGAUCAUUUCUUUUCUGGAAGAUUGUUGGUCCUAGUUUUACAAAACUAAAACAGUUUGAAGAAGAAGCAUCAAAUCUAGUUAAACCACAUCUGGCUGUCAUUGAGGCAUCAAAGGAAAAAGGGGAACUGAAGAUAUUUUGCUCUGAUCAUGCUACUGGCAAAUUAUCUCACCUAUUCAAUGAGGUGACUGGACCUGUGAAAAUAUUUUUGGAAGGAGAAGAUUUGGAGGUACCAUUGGGUCAGUCUAAAGAGCAUGCUGGUGUCCGUGUGAUCCUUGGUAAAGGGGGAGCUGUGAAAGACAUCCUCAUGGCAGAUGAAUACAGAACAAUAUUUGUUGAUCGUCCUGAUGACAGUUCUUCAGAAGACACUAUCUUGAACAAAUUUGGCUGUUUUGGAAAGAUAAAGAGCCACAGGAUAUUCAAGAAUCCUCAAAAGAGAUGGGGUUGUAUUACAUAUGAAUCUUCAGCAGCAGCAAAAGAAGCUGUGGAGAAAACAAAAUCGGAUUCUUCAGAAGUUGCUGCUCCUGAGAAACAUGGCCGAGGGUAUCAAGACUCUCAGUUCAAGGUCAAAAUAACAUGGUGUAGACGAGAGUCUAGAGGAUUUGGUUUGUUGAUGUUGAACCAGGUGAUGCCAGCGAUUUUACGAAGAGGGCCAAUGUACAUCAAAGGGAUACUUGUAAAUGUUGGAAUUGACAGGAAAAGUGGGCAGAGCCUUUAUCUUAGAAAUCUUGGUCAAACUAUCACUGAAGAUGAUAUCAAACAAGCAAUUCUAUCCUCUUUGAAUUAUGAUGAAAAUGAGACUGGCAUAUUUCAAAAGGUAACGGUAGUGAGAGAGAAAGUGACCACGACAGAAGAUCAACUGGGUAUCUUCAAGACCCGGUUACAGGCACAGCUCAAAACCUUUUCGCCAGACAAGAGAUUCCAUGUGGAGGUCAAAGAGCCAUUUCCAACAAGUGUCAACUACCUAGCAUUUGCAUCGUUCACCAACUCAAGUGAGGGAAUAGCAGCUUGCCAAGGUUUGUCCAGGCAGUUCUAUAUCAACGACCGAGUGGUCACGAUGGAGCCAGACAUAAGGUCAUCACUGUAUGUAAACAGAGAAGUUUAUGCAGCCAUCAAAGAUGACCUGGAUGCAUACUUGAAAGAAUUCCCGACCUUCGGUUACACAGAAGUUGGAGUGACUUCAAAGACACUGAAGGAUGGAACUGUUGUACUUGAUAUCCAUGCCUCCAGCUCCAUAGAACUGGCCAAGGUUCGAGCUAAUCUACAGACCAUUGUACAGGGAGACGUUCUGGAAUGUGGUGCAAAUCCGAAUCUGCGUCAACUCUUUACCAGGGCUGGAAGAGACUUUCUUAAAGACACAGAAAAGAAAUGUAAGGCUUUCAUUCAAGUUGAUGGUAGAACCUUUACACUUUCAAUCCGAGGGAAACAGGAGGCAUGCACAAGAGUGCUCAUUGCAGUCAAUGAUUAUCUCCAGGAACUGUCCGAAGGAAAUUUGAUGGAGGUGCACCUGCAGGGAAGAGACAAACCCAAUGGGCUGAUGAAGGCAUUGAUGAAUCAAUAUGGCAUAGAACUUGAGAAGCUACAGCAGGACUUUGGGCUGAGAUCAGUUGUCCUGAACUUCAAGCGACAGAUUGUAAAAUUGGUGGGAUCAGCUGAAGACAUUGACAAAGCUGUCACAGUCAUAGACGACAUUUCAUCUAAAUUGCUGGAGGGUGUAAAAACUUCAGAGGAGGAGGAACUUCCCGAUUGUUGUGUCUGUCUCUGCCCAAUAGAACCAAAAGAUUUGUACAGGCUGCAGUGCUGUGGGCACGCCUACUGCCUGGACUGUGUCAGGAGACAGCUGGAAGCUGCAGUCACUGGCAAAGACUUCCCAUGCCUUUGUGGGCAUGAUGGGUGUGAGCAGCCAUUUGCAUGGAAGGAUUUGUCCAAUUUUGUGCGAGAAGGAACAUUAACUGUCGCAAACCUGGCCAGCUCUUCUUUGAGUUCCUUUGUUAGCGAAAACACCAAAACCUUCAAGUAUUGCUUGACCCCAAACUGUGACAUGGUGUACCGAGUGACCUCGAAGGGAUCUGUGUUCCGGUGCCCCGACUGCAGUGUGAGAAUAUGCACUACCUGCCACGCCCAGUAUCAUGAUGGACUGACCUGUGCCAUGUACAACAGUGCCAAGGAUGAUGAAGGCAGCCUUGAAGAGUGGCUGGCAGCCCAUUCCAAAACAACAAAGAAGUGCCCAAACUGUAAGACCCCCAUAGAGAAAACAGAAGGCUGCAAUAAUAUGCAUUGUAAAGCAUGCAAAUGCAGCUUCUGUUGGUUGUGCCUUGCCUGGUUUCGAAAAUCUAGUGCAUGUUACGAUCAUUUGAGUGAAAAACACGGGGGCUGUUUUGAUCACAUUUGAUCCCAUACCCAAAACAAUGAUCUACCAACCAACUGAAUGACUGAGUAUAGUUUUACUCCGCUUUUAACAAUAUUCCAACAAUAUCACGGCGGGGCUUCACACAUUGUUCCCAUGUGGGGAAACGAACCCGGAUCUUCGGCGUGACGAGCGAACACUUUAACCACUAGGCUACCCCACCGCCCACCAACCAAGUGAAGGUUAUAGUAGAUAAACAUUUCAAGUGAGGAUCCAACGGCUGGAACUUAAGGAAUGGGAACUUGACCUAAGGAAAGAGGAUGAAGGCGGAAAAGAUGUUCUUUCACCUUAAAACACCAUAAAUGAUAUGUAGUGUCUGGAUUUAUGCAUAUUUAUUUUGAAAGUGUCUCACUGUCGUAAAUAUUAUAUGUCCUUUCUUUGUUAUCCCGGAUCUUUUCUCAUCAACAUAAAUGUUGAAGAUAGUGAUACCUGUAGAAAUCGGACACCACUGUGUGUUUGUUAGUCCAAGUGGUCACAGGUACUGUACAUUAUUAUGGUCUAUUGUGUAUGGUACUGUGUGGUUUAAAUGGUGUGCUGGGCAUUGCGGGGAAUAAGUUCAACAAAGAGUCCGAAGUCACAAGGAGCUAACUCCCCAUCUGAUACAAAUGUAGAGUGAGUGAGUGUGCGUAUGUAUGGUUUUACGCUGCUAUUAGCAAUAUUCCAGUAAUAUCACGGCAGGGGAUACCAUUAAUGGGCUUCACACAUACCCAUGUGGGGAAUGGAACCCGGGUGUUCGGUGUGACGAGCAAACACUUAAUCCACUGGGCUACCCCACCACCCCUUCAUAAACAGAGGAAACUAUCCAUACAGGACAGGUAUUUAACAUUAUAAUCAGUUUUUGAUAUUUU